GCUGAUUGGCUGCGGGGGGUUGAAUGUAAGAUGGCGCCCAGGGAGCUGUGAGGGGAAAAGACUCAGGGCCGAGGCAGCGGCGGCGGCGGGGCCGGGAACGUUACAAGUCUAAGAGCUCAGGACAAGAGCAGCAGAAAUACAUGCAACAUGGUGACUGGAACCCUGAGGACCUUGCAAUAUGAAUAAUUCUCUGGAGAACACCAUUUCCUUUGAAGAAUACAUCCGUGUGAAGGCACGAACGAUCCCCCAGCACAGGAUGAAGGAGUUUCUAGACUCCCUGGCUUCCAAGGGGCCAGAAGCUCUGCAGGAGUUUCAGCAGACGGCCACCACCACAAUGGUGUAUCAGCAGGGUGGCAACUGCAUUUACACGGACAGCACAGAGGUGGCUGGGUCUUUGCUUGAACUUGCUUGUCCCGUGACAACCAGUAUCCAGCAGCAAACUCAGCCAGAGCAGCAGAUACAGGUUCAGCAACCCCAGCAAGUCCAGGUUCAGGUCCAGGUCCAGCAGUCACCGCAGCAGGUCUCCGCCCAGCAGCUCUCUCCGCAGCUCUCUGUCCAUCAGGCUUCGGAGCAGCCAAUACAGGUCCAAGUGCAGAUCCAAGGCCAGGCUCAGCAGCAGGCAUCCCAGACAAUACAGAGUCAGUCUCUUCAGAGCCCCAGCCCAUCGCAGCUGCAGGCGGCUCAGAUCCAAGUGCAGCAUGUGCAGACUGCCCAACAGAUCCAGGCUGCAGAGCUACAGGAGGAACACAUACAACACCAGCAGAUCCAGGCCCAGCUUGUGGCAGGACAGGCCAUUACUGGUGGCCAGCAGAUACAGAUCCAAACAGUCGGGGCACUGUCACCUCCACCUUCUCAACAAGGCUCCCCACGAGAGGGAGAGAGGCGGAUCAGCUCUGCCAGUGUCCUUCAGCCAGUGAAGAAACGUAAAGUGGAUAUGCCUAUUACUGUGUCAUAUGCUAUUUCAGGGCAGCCGGUUGCCACAGUGCUGGCCAUUCCUCAGGGCCAGCAGCAAAGUUACGUCUCUUUAAGGCCAGACUUGUUAACAGUGGACAGUGCCCACCUGUACAGUGCCACUGGGACCAUUACUAGCCCCACUGGAGAGACUUGGACCAUCCCUGUUUACUCCGCUCAGCCACGUGGUGACCUUCAGCAGCAAAACAUAACCCACAUUGCCAUCCCUCAGGAGGCCUACAAUGCCGUCCACGUCAGUGGCUCACCAACGACACUGGCUACCGUGAAGCUGGAAGACGACAAGGAUAAGAUGGUGGGAAGUACUUCGGUAGUGAAGAACUCUCACGAGGAAGUGGUGCAGACUCUUGCUAAUUCAAUCUUUCCAGCACAGUUUAUGAAUGGCAACAUCCACAUUCCAGUGGCAGUGCAGGCUGUGGCAGGGACAUACCAGAACACGGCACAGACAGUGCACAUAUGGGACCCGCAGCAGCAACAGCAGCAGCCCACACCCCAAGAGCAAGGGCAGCAGCAGCAACUACAAGUCACUUGCUCAGCUCAAACUGUUCAGGUUGCUGAAGUUGAACCACAGCCACAGCCGCAGACUUCACCUGAACUUCUACUUCCAAACUCUCUGAAGCCGGAAGAAGGUCUUGAAGUGUGGAAAAGCUGGGCACAGACCAAGAAUGCAGAGCUGGAAAAAGAAGCUCAAAAUCGACUAGCACCUAUUGGAAGGCGUCAGCUGCUGAGGUUCCAGGAAGAUCUCAUCUCUUCAGCUGUGGCUGAGCUGAAUUACGGUCUGUGCUUAAUGACACGAGAAGCUCGAAAUGGUGAUGGUGAACCCUACGAUCCAGAUGUGCUCUACUAUAUUUUCCUGUGUAUUCAGAAGUAUCUCUUUGAAAACGGCCGAGUUGAUGACAUCUUCUCAGAUCUCUACUAUAUUCGUUUCACUGAAUGGCUGCAUGAAGUUCUCAAGGACAUACAGCCCCGUGUUUCACCUCUUGGUUACAUCCUCUCCAGUCAUGUAACAGAGGAAAUGCUGUGGGAGUGUAAGCAGCUUGGAGCUCACUCCCCUUCCACCUUGCUCACUACACUGAUGUUUUUCAAUACAAAAUAUUUCCUGUUGAAAACAGUAGACCAGCACAUGAAGCUGGCCUUCUCCAAGGUGCUGAGGCAGACCAAGAAGAACCCUUCUAAUCCCAAGGAUAAAAGCACGAGUAUCCGCUAUAUGAAGGCUCCAGGCAUGCACCAGACAGGACAGAAAGUUACAGAUGACAUGUAUGCAGAGCAGACAGAGAAUCCAGAGAACCCUCUGAGGUGUCCGAUAAAGCUGUAUGACUUCUACCUCUUCAAAUGCCCCCAGAGUGUGAAAGGCCGGAAUGACACGUUUUACUUGACACCGGAGCCAGUGGUGGCCCCCAACAGCCCUAUCUGGUAUUCCAUCCAGCCGAUCAGCAGAGAGCAGAUGGAGCAGAUGCUCACCCGGAUCCUGGUGAUACGAGAGAUUCAGGAAGCUCUUGCCGUGGCUAAUGCCAGCACCAUGCACUAAGGCAUCCUUUGUGGCUCAGAAGGGGUGGGGCAGGGUGAUGGGGGAGGGACAAGCAAAGAGAAAUUGUACAGACUUUUACACUAAAGGAGAUGCCUAAGUUUUUGGUUUUUUUAUUGGUGUAGUUAUGAAGCCCUUUUAGGCUUCUUCUCUUUAAAAGAAUCUAAAGGAAAACCUACCCAUUGUGUAUCCUACCCAACACACCAAACUGUUGGAACCAUUGGAGGCUGCAUAUCCCCUGCAAGCUGGGAGCUGUGGAAAGCUGCUGGUUGACUCUGGGUUUUUUUUUUAUGAUGUAGAAAAUAUGAACUACAGGAUUGGCCUGGUUGGCCAGGGCCUCUGUCUCCUUGGAGCACGUGCAGCCUAGAGGGCACAGAAUGAUGGAUGGACCUGCUCAGCCAGUGGAGGAGAGGCAGGCAUCUUCUUUUCUUGUGCUUGGACGUUAAUUUGCUGAUAUCUUGGAAGAAAGAGGAGAGAGUGAACUGCAAUUAUGAUUUAUACAAAAAAAAAACAAACCAACAAUUUCUAUUCAGACCUUUAAGUGACAUUUUUAGAUGUUAAAAGUACAAACUUUACCACACUCUUCUUUUUUGGCCUAACAUUGAGGCCUUAAACCUUGAGGCUUCUGUGCCUGAUGGAAUUCUUGUAACAUACACUUGUGUAUCAUAUAAAGAUACCACCCUGUUUCUCUUAUGUAUUCUUACUCUAGUUGUUUAUUAAGAAUGACGAGCACGUCUUUUCAACA